GUUUCUUUCUUUCUCUCUUUCUUCUCUUCUCUUCUCUGCAACACAAUCUCUCUCCAUCUGGUUCAAACACUGUCAUUCUUCUCCUGCAGGAAAAAAAAUCAGAUCUACCCUCUCACAAUGUUGCAGGAGAUGUGGAAUGCUCCUCCCGGUCUCAGACCCUCCAAGUCUGCACCUUGUUCUCCGGCAAAGCCUCUUGGGGUCGUUCCAAGAACGCGUUCUGAGUCCUUCCACGUGGCUCACAAGGUCCCAGUUGGUGACACUCCUUAUGUCAGAGCCAAAAACGUUCAGUUGGUGGAUAAGGAUCCGGAGAGAGCGAUUCCGCUGUUCUGGGCAGCCAUUAAUGCGGGAGAUAGAGUGGACAGUGCUUUGAAAGAUAUGGCUAUUGUUAUGAAACAGCAAAAUCGGGCCGAAGAAGCCAUCGAAGCCAUUAAAUCGCUUCGAAGUAGAUGUUCGGAUCAAGCACAAGAAUCUCUCGAUAACAUCCUCUUGGAUCUCUACAAGAGAUGUGGGAGACUUGAUGAUCAAAUUGGUCUACUGAAGCACAAGUUGUACUUGAUUCAACAAGGAUUGGCUUUCAAUGGAAAGCGAACAAAGACUGCAAGAUCUCAAGGAAAGAAGUUUCAAGUCUCUGUGGAGCAAGAAGCCACUAGAUUGCUGGGAAACUUGGGAUGGGCACUGAUGCAACAGAACAAUUACAUAGAAGCAGAAGACGCCUACCGCCGCGCGCUUUCGAUAGCCCCAGAUAACAACAAGAUGUGCAAUCUGGGCAUUUGCUUGAUGAAGCAAGGGAGAAUUGGCGAGGCGAAGGAGACACUGUACCGGGUAAAGCCUGCAGUGAUGGAUGGCCCUAGAGGCUCAGAUUCUCACCUGAAAGCCUAUGAAAGGGCACAGCAAAUGCUGAAAGACCUUGAGUCUGAGAUGAUGAACAAGGGAGUUGAUAGGAUUGAACAAAGCAGGCUCUUUGAGGCCUUUUUGGGUUCUUCAUCAAUUUGGCAACCACAGCCUUGCAAGGAUCACCACCACACCACAACCUUGCUGGCAACAACAACAAUAAAUUCAGCCAAAAUUCAUGAUGAGUUUGCUGAUGAGAACAUCAAUUCCAACAUAAUGUUAACAAAUCACACAGCACUGCCACCAUCUAAGGGUAGCAACAACAACAACAGCAACAAACAAGUUGGUGCCAUUUUGGGGAACUCACUCAAUGUUGCAGCCCCUCCAUUCUAUGCAUCAAAAUCAUCUAUGUUAAGGGAACCAAUUGAGAACCAGUUGUUCUCAGAGACCCUUAAGAGAACAAGGUCUGGAAAUGCUGCAGGGUCCAUGAGAGUGGUGAGUGAUGUCAGGGAUGCCAACAUUAACAACAAGAAGUUGCAUGUGGAAUUAGGUGUGCCAGUGCCACAGAACAAAUCAAGAAGGCUCUCCUCAGAAGAUGCUGCUGAGAAGAACAAGUUAACAGACUUGUUGCCCAACGACGACGAAUUUGAGGAGGCCAUUCUUGCUGCAAUUUUGGGAGCCCCAAAUGAAUCAGAUAAAGCUUAUUAUGACACAGGUAGUACCACCUCCAGGAUGUUGAGACUUAAGGUUUUUCAGGACAUCACAUUAUCUCUGAGUCCAAGGGCCUGAAGGGAACCACCAAUAUAAUCUAAUAAAGGGAAUUAUCAAUAACAUAGUGUCUUAGAUUGGAGAUGAACUUGCUCUCCACUCGUUUAAACUCAUUUUAUGCAGAGGGAAGAAGUAUGCUACUUACUGAUAGGGAAUAGCUGCACGACUAUUACUAUUGGCAUGGCAUUAGUCCCCACUCAAUUAAUUGUCUUUAUUUGAUACUACUAUCUCUUUAUUUGUUAAUGCCUUGUAAGUUGUAAACGAGGCACAUCAUUGACUUAAUAAAUUGAUGAGCUUUAUGUUCCUUGAA